AUGAGCAUAAGCGUUUACAAGAGCAAAAUAUUCAACACCAAAGAUGUGGUCGAUGUAUGCAUACACCAGAAGCUCCUGAAGCUGGAAUCGUCCAGCUUUAAAGAUUCCGUGUAUAAAUUGAACGAGCAUAAGAAAAGUGUAGACGAGUUAGCAAAGGGGGAUGGGUCAUUCAUCACUGGGACGAACGUAAAUGUAGGGGGGGAAGAAGUCCCAAAAGGAGAGCAGAAGGCCGGACAAGGAAAAUCCCGCAGCUAUCACAUGGACGAAUUGAAAUGUUUGUACUUUUUUUUUCUGAUAAAUAUGCUAAGAUUUAAGAACAAUUUGGAUUUAAAUUUGAUAAGGAGCGUUUGUUGCUCGAUCAACAGCACCACGGAGUGUACUUGUGGGGCCGAGGGGUCAUGUCCCUCAUCAAUUGCUCCCCCGCACAGUGCAUCACCACAUGAGGGACUCCCUCACAGUGAAGUACUAAAACAGUUCUUCAUUUCGAAUUUGAAAAAAUGUGCCAAAUUGGAAUACAACCUGAAUGAUUUUAACAUAUGUACAAGUGUUGUCCUAGAAAAUUGUAGCAUAGUUUUUUUAAAUGCUUACAAAACGGUUUCCUUGUGCAAGUACCUGACCUGCUGCCUGUGCAACGUUUUGGAGUUAUUUCACAUAAAGUGUGAUAUUUUAUUUAAAAAUGCCUUUAAUAAUAACACGAAUAAUAGUAACAUACAAUCGAUAAAUGAACUGAUAAGUAAAAUAAAAUGGAUGACACACGAUUCUAAGGUGGAGAAGAAUAAGGAGCUGUCCAAAAUUUUUAGCGCAAACUUGUUGUUGUUUGUUUAUGCGCAAAGUAAACUAACGGAUGAUGGUGAAUAUUUUAUGUACUUAAUAAAUCAAAAUUUUAAGAACACCAUAGAUAGCUAUAGAAGUGAGUACACAGACGAAAUGAACUCGUUAAAUAGCUAUAUCACCAUGUUGAGUAAAAAUAUGAAUGACACUCUUAGGGUUCACAUUAAGAAUGUGCUUGACAUUACAACCAAGGUGAUGCCAUUAUUUGUUGGGAAAAUGCACGAAUUUGUUACGGCGAAUGAACAAAUUGUAGAAGAACACGCAGAUUUGAAGAAGCCUCCGUCGAACGGAUUUAUAUUGCUACAUGACUCCAUCGCAGGGGAAGGCACAUCAUCAGGUCCAAUCCUCUCCAAGUUGUAUGAAGAAAAAUAUUUAAAGAGCAUCGAAGAGAGGUUCCUACAGAUGGAGUUCCCCAACGAGUUGCAAAAGUUUAGCGAAAUGAACAGCAUAUUUUACGAGCUGCUAAUUCUGCUGACGGAUAUUAUUAUUCAGACGAACAUUAUGUACGACAUAAAGGCAUAUAACAAAGCGCUAGCACAAGUGUUGAAAAAUAAAAAAGUGUCAGGGGGUGUUCACCACAUAGGGGUCGGGUGUCUCGAGUUUAAGAAUUUUCUCUACUCCCUGAUGACAGAAAGGGGGGACUCCCAAUUGGGCAUUUUUAAACCAACAGAAGGGGAGGCAAAAGAAAUGAUACCUAUGAGUGGAAACAAAAUUGUUAUCAAUAAUUCCUUUCCUGCGCUAAGGAGAAAAUUAAACGUGUACAAAUUGGAUGAACACAUAGGGGAAGUACUAAUCCAGAAGAAUAUCAAUUUUAAUUUGAAAGUUCCGAAAGGUGCCAAAGAUUUUACAGGAGAAGACAUGCAAUUGAGAAAUAUCUUUUUCGAUUUUAUAAAGAAGAAGUUUUUACUACACGGAGCAGUAGAAAUAGAUACCCCAAUUUUUGAACUUAAGGAGACAUUAACGGAUAAAUAUGGAGAGGAUUCAAAAUUAAUAUUCGAUUUGAAGGACCAAGGAGGGGAAAAUCUAUCUCUUAGAUAUGAUUUAACUGUUCCUUUAUAUCGAUUUGUCAACACAAACAAUUUGAACUCUCUGAAAAGGUUUCAUAUAGGGAAAGUCUAUCGAAGAGAUGAACCAAGUAUGAACAGAGGCAGAUUUAGAGAGUUCUAUCAAUGCGACUUUGACAUCGUAGGAAAAUAUGACACAGUCCGUACAGACUUUCACAUUUUGUUCAUAUUCUGGGAUAUUUUAAAUAACUUAAAAAAGGUAAUUGGUAAUUUUAACUGCAAAAUAAAUCACAGAAAGAUUUUAGAAUACAUGCUUCUCUCCUGUAAUAUUCACAAGGAUAAGGUAAAAACGAUUUCCAGCAGUAUAGACAAAUUGGACAAAAUAACGUUUCAGCAAUUUAGGGAUGAGUUAUUAAAUGAGAAGGGAAUCCCCGUCGAAUCGGUUGAUAAAAUCGAAACGUAUAUUUCGAGGACGUUAAGUUUGUCCCCUUUUUUGGUCAUCGAAUUUUUGAGAAACGAUUUAA